CCAGCAUGGCUGCUCCAAGAAUCUCCAGACCUGUCCCUCUCCUCCUCGCCAUCUCGCUCACACUGUCCGGGGUGGCCGGGAACGAGAUUCUGGGCUUGAAGAUCCCCCUGGAGCCCAUCCUGACGGCCAACGCAGUGUGCCUGACCCUGCCGGGUCUCAGCAAGCGCCAGUUGGGCCUGUGUGUCCGGAGUCCUGAUGUGACCGCCGCUGCCGUGCAGGGAAUCCAAGUCGCUAUUCACGAGUGUCAGCAUCAACUCUGGGACCAGAGGUGGAACUGUUCGACUCUGGAGAACGGGGGCAAGGUCCUGCAGGACACCGUCAUCCUGAGCAGAGGUUUUCGGGAAAGCGCCUUCAUGUUUUCGCUGCUGGCCGCGGGGGUUACCCACUCAGUGGCGACAGCCUGUAGCCUGGGGAAGCUCCGGGGCUGCGGCUGCGACCUCAAGCGGAGGGAAGACGACCAGAACCUGCGCUUCAAACUCCACCAGCUCCGGGUGCAGGCCCUGACCCAGGGCAUCCCAGUCUCGAUCCUCGAGCCCGAACAGCGUUACCCCGGCCUCCAGGACUCCUGGGAGCGGGGGGACUGCAACCAUGACAUCGAAUUCGGGGAGAAGUUCUCCAGGGACUUUCUGGACUCCCGGGAAACCUCGAGAGACAUCCAUGGGAGAAUGAGACUGCACAACAACAAGCUGGGAAGACAGGCAGUGAUUGACAACAUGAAACGCAAGUGUAAAUGUCACGGCACCUCCGGCAGUUGCCAGUUUAAAACUUGCUGGCAGGUGACCCCUGAUUUUCGACGGGUCGGGGCUGUGUUGAAGGAGCGAUUCCAGAACGCGGUCUUCAUCAAAACGCACAAUAAAAAUACAGGCCAGUUCAGCCUGAAGCCCAGCAGGAAGAGGAUUUACAAGGACAUGGUGUACUUUGAGAAAUCUCCUGAUUUCUGUGAGAAGGACCUUGGCACGGACUCUCCAGGCACACGGGGAAGGGUCUGCAAUAAGACAAGCCCGGGGAUGGACAACUGUGACAGCUUAUGCUGUGGGAGAGGGCACAACAUCCUGAAGCAGAGCCGCAGUGAGCGGUGCCACUGCCGGUUCCACUGGUGUUGCUAUGUGUUGUGCGAUGAGUGCAGGGUGAGCGAGUGGGUCAACGUGUGCAAGUAAACCAUCACAACGCUGCCCACACCGGACCAACUUCAUUCUCAUGCAAUACAGACUCUUUCUGUCUUUUUUUUCCACUACAUAUUUUAAUGGACAAAAGGCGUACCCAAGUGUAACAUGACUGGAGGCUGUCCUUGUCACAAUUGAUUGACAGACAUCAGUUUGACAUUAUAGGGGAGGGGAUGAAAGCAACAGCACGUUUGCUAAAGAUCUCUUUGGCAUCAUCUAAUCCUUGCAGCAACUGAUUGAGAAGGGGAAAUUACCAAGGAGCUAAAGGUCUUAAGAGGCCAUCUCAAACACGGUGGUUUAUCUUAUUAGCUCAGCUUGGUGUCUUGGUUGGGGGGGGGGGGGGGUGGAUAGGUACCUCUGAGUUUCUGAGUCCUUUAAAAGCUGCCUCAUCCCACUCCUAACCUAUGGAUAUAUUCUUGAACUUGCACCUGGUGCUAUCACUGAGGUGAAUGUCUGUGCCAACCCUUCCUAAUGUGUACAGGGGCUCCAGCAUGACCCUGUUUAUUAAGUCUCUUCCACUUUCUCGCAGCCUGUGCCCACUACAGUUGGAACUGCCACUCUGCUUAUUCUCUGGCCAGCGGCAUUUUCAGAAUGAACACAACAAUCCGCCCCGCCCUGCCCCCUGCAGUGUUCAGCAUGUUGGUGGGAUCACUGACAGAGGAGAUGGCUUGCUGUAAGAUCUGUACGCAUUGUAGCAGCAUGGAUCCAGGAUUGUCAUUCAUGGGGAUAACGGAUGUAAAAGUGAUCCCACAGCAAAGAUGAGCACAGCAGAAACCUGAGCUACAUUCAGUGUCAAUAGCCACCAUCAACAAACAUGAGGCAGCACCUUGUUACUAAGUUUGUGUCCCUCAUAAAAGGGCCAGUUCAGUUCUUACAAGCUGGACCUGUAGCAGGGGAAUGGUUGGGGAAAUAGAGCAGUGAGAACCAAAGACACCUUACAAGAGAGAUAUUUUCAAAGUGCAGCAGGAAGGUGGAGUAGUUGUGGUAGAGAGGUGCAAUGAUUGCAAGAUCAGUCCCCACUGGUUAAGCAGAAAGAAUGAAAGAGCAGCAGCAAUCCUGAGCCAGAGGAAUGGAGAGGUCUGGGUGGGUACCCCCUGGAGAUGAUUACUCAUACACUGAGGAGAAACCAUGGAGGGAUUCGAAACUGAGGAUGAACUCAAUCCCUGGGCCACCAAGAGUCGGGAGAGGACAAAGAUGGCUUUAGCGGGCAUCACUAGGCAAGUGAGAGCAUGGGCAAGAGAGGUUUGUAUUAUUUGAGGAUUGAAGGGUGCAAAUGAAAGGAAAGCUAAGGAGAACACCUCAAAGUUCUGAUGGAUAGGCAUAAUAGAAAACAAAAGAAGCUGCUAAUGUUUUGGAAGCUGCAGAAAGAUGGAAUCUCAAGCCAUAGAGUCACAGAGAUGUACAGCACGGAA